AUGUCAGUGCUCGCUCAAAGCCGACUCUUGACGAAAGCCCGGCUGACCUUGAUAUUGAUAGCAAUAUGUCGUAUCGCCGAACCUAUCGCCAUCACCGCCAUCUUUCCCUAUGCCUGGAUCAUGGUCAAGGGAUUCGGUAUGAAUGAUGCGUCCUUCUACGCCGGCAUUCUCAUCGCCUCCUUUUCCCUCUCCGAAUCUCUCACCAGCCUGUUCUGGGGCAGCCUGUCGGAUCGGGUUGGCCGAAAGCCGGUCCUACUCCUCGGCUGCUUCGGUACCAUGGUGUCCCUCCUAGUCGUCGGCUUUUCCACCAAUUUCACCAUGGCCCUGUGCGGGAGAAUCGUCGGUGGAGUGUUAAAUGGAAACAUUGCAGGCGUAAUUCAGACAAUUGUGGGCGAACUGGUGACCAAGCCCGAACACGAACCCAAGGCGUAUUCAGUCAUGCCUUUUGUCUGGUCAAUUGGCACGAUUAUCGGUCCUGCCAUCGGAGGUCUGCUUGCAGACCCGGCCAAGUCGUAUCCAGACACCUUUUCCAGGGAUGGACCUUUUGGUCGAUAUCCCUGGUUGCUGCCCAAUCUGGUCUGUGCCGUUUUCAUGCUCCUCAGCAUCACAAGUGGAUUCUUCUGGCUGGAGGAGACCCAUCCCGAUCUUCGAAGAGGCGCUGAUUCGACAGUCCACCACGAUAUUGCAGAACAAACGCCCAUGAUCACCGCUGCAGGGGCCACUGCCGACCCCGGCGUCGAUUUGAGACAGGACUCGUACGGGACGUUCAAUGAGGUGGACAUGCCUAAGAAUCAGCGCUGGGAACUCAAUCCUGACGGCACCUCCCGACCCCCCUCCUUGUCAGAAAAGCAAUCUGAAAAAUGGCUCACCAAGAAGAUAGCCAUGUUGACGGUCGCACUCGGUCUGUACACCUAUCACUCGAUGUGUUAUGACCACCUACUUCCAAUCUUCUUCCAGGACAGACGUAUCGACCCAGUCGCCCUCCGGGGCCCAAGUCCCGUCCAUGUGCCCGGUGGAUUGGGUCUGUCCACCAAGGAGGUCGGGGUGAUUUUGUCCGUCAAUGGCGUUAUUGCCCUCUUCAUUCAGGCUGUCAUUUUCCCCCUUGCAGCAGAGCGGCUCGGCAUCUGGCGCACGUUCGUUCUGGUCACGAUCUUACAUCCGGUGGCAUUCUUUAUCGUGCCUUAUCUUGCACUUCUUCCACCAAACGUUCUCUAUCCUGGCAUUUACGCUUGCCUCACCGUCCGCAAUCUUCUCUCGAUUCUCGCUUACCCGGUUCUCUUGAUUUUACUCAAGCAAGCAAGCCCUUCUCUUUCCGUGCUGGGACGAAUCAACGGCCUUGCUGCUUCGGCGGGUGCAGCUUGUCGGACUGUUGCACCUCCCAUUGCGGGAUUGCUUUAUAGUUGGGGCUCAGAUAUUGGGUUCACAGGGCUCGCAUGGUGGGCUGCCGGCGCAGUGGCCAUUGUCGGAGUUGUGCAAUUAUGGUUUGUUCCGAGGGAAAAGAGUGAAAUGACUCUUGUCAAAUCGAUUCUGCCUUGCAUCGACAAUCCAUCCGAGGAGAGAGCCCCGGAUGUGGUUGACAUAACGGUUGUGGGUACAGAGGAUCAAGUUUGA